UUCUAAUCAUAUGUCCUUUUUUAGCACUCGCUGACUGAACUGCCAAAUCUGUGGCGUUUCUGCAAAGCCACAAUUGCUAGCAGCGCCACGUGCACGAUGUGAGACCUUACUUUAAGUGUUACCUAGCUAGCUGACGUUGCGGUAUCCAGGCAGCGAAGUAAAGCAGCAGCACAAGUACAAGGGUACCCUCAAUAGUCGAUGGACCUUUGACUAGCUUUAAAUCGUUAUCGAUCAAAGAUACAAAUUUCAUUACGAUAAAAAUCUAUAUCUAAUUCACUUCCCGCUGUGCUAUAAUGGAAUCGCUCCAAGCUUCCGAAAUCAAAGCCGUCCCAGGUCUGUUUGUAUCCGACCGCUUCGCCGCCCGCUCCAUCUCCAUCCUCAAAUCCCACAACAUCACCCACGUCCUCUCCAUCACCCGCCCCGAAGACACGCCCAAAUACGCACCCGACCAGGGCAUCACCCACUGCUGCAUAGACAUCGACGACGACCCCCUCGCCGACAUCCUCUUCCACCUCCAAAGCGCCUGCGACUGGAUCCAAGUCGCCCUCGAAGAGGCCGAAGACGAAAAUACGAGCAGUGAAAAAGGCACGGAGUCAUCUAGAACACGACCCGGCGUCUUGGUCCACUGCACCCAAGGCAUCUCCCGCUCCGGCGCGCUUUGUGUCGCCUACCUCAUGCGCUCGCUUCGCCUCCCGUACUCCGAGGCCCUCUCACUAGCGCGCGAGUCCCGACCGCUCAUUACCCCGAACAUAGGGUUUGAGAAACAGCUCCGUAUUUGGGGUUUUUGUGAGUAUGAGGUUGUGGUGCCGGGGUCUGGGUCGCUGACUAGUGCGUCGGGGAAUGUGGUAACGGAUGUGGAGAAGAGGCCGUAUGUCGUCUGGAAGAAGGAGAGAGAUGAGCUGUUUGGGAAGGGGGAGGUGGCGGUUAAUAGGGAGAGGGCGAAAGGGUUGGCAGGGAUGGCGGCGGAGUUUGGGAGGAGGAGGAGAGAAGGCCGGGGUAAGGGUGGUGGGGAUAGGAAGAUUGGGGAAGGGGAAAAAGAGGGGGAUAAGAAUGGGUGGGAGAGAGUGGAGGCAAUGGAGAAGGAAUGGAAUCGGAAAAUGAUUAACGGAGAGGUUGGUGGGGAAAGUAAGGAAGACGCUUCGUUGUAAAUCUUUGUAUUUUUGUCCAUUAUUGUUUAAGGUGCCUUAUUACACUUGAGCAGUCUUGGUUCA